UUGGAAACCCCUUUGGGGCAUAACCUCCAACUAGAUUUUGUCCCUUACGGAGCAAGGGAUUCUGGCAGGCUCUCCGUUCCUCUGAGCAGGGAGCCAAGGGAUACUCAGCCGGGAGAGAAAGUCUUGGUACCAGGGCCAAGGGUGCUAUCCAGACAAGAGCAGUGCCUAGGGCUGGUCUGACACCUUGCUAGACAGACCUGCUGUCCUCUCUAGCUAGUAGUGCCCCCUCUAACUAGUAGUGCCCUGCACAGACCAUUCCUUGGCCUCCACCAAUCCUUCUCAGCCUGCAGAGACACCUAUGACACAGGUUUCACAGAGGAGACUUGGGGGGGACCUGAGGGUCACUUGACACACAUGGACACCAAGGCCCAAGGAAGGGCUUGUAAUUUGCCUAAAGCCUCACAGAGCUGGUCAGUGUCAGCCCAGGCCCUGGACCUGGUUUCCAGAGUGACCCUUGCCUCGUGAGCACCCGUCUAUCUUGGGGUCAGAUCUGGAGCCAGCCGCCUGAAGCCAGUGCUCCCUGACUUUGUGGGUUAACAGUAUUAAACGCAGCUCUGGACCCGGAUCACCAACAUCAAGGCUGAGUGGGCUGCGGCCUGAAAAGCUACCGGACUGGCAUUCCCAUGGCCCUUCCGCCUGAGCACAGUGGAGGCAGACCCACCCUGCUACCCUGACACCCUUUCCUAUCCUGUGUUCCAGAAAGGCCUGCACACUCUCUCAGCUCCCCCAGCCCUCUCUGAGGCCUUAGUUGAAGAUGCUUCUGCCUUCAGUUCCCAUGCUUUGUUUCUUUAAAUCACAGGAGAGGGGCUCGUUUCCUGUUCUCCAGGGCCUUCCCAGGGCGGGCUACGUUCCCAUACCUAAAAGAGACCUGUGUGGGGGACAGAAGCUAGCUGUGUCUCCUCCCGACUGCUGGCUGCUGGCCCAGGCCAUCCCCCGCCAAAGACAGAAAAUAAUAGGGGACUGCCUGCCGAUGACAAGGUCCCCCCAUGCCCCGGGCCUGAGGCACCUCCUGUGCCCUGCCGUUAAUUCUUGUCUGAGCAGUUAGGAAGUUGGUACCAGCUCUCCCACUUUGCCGACUGAGGAAAGGGAGGUUCAGAGAGACUUACCCAGAUGGGCACCACAGACUUGAGGGGCAAAGGCUAGAUAAGGGGGUGAGUGAGGUACAGCUGUUGUUUUUGUUUGGGGGAGGGCCCCUGAGGAACAGUCAGCCUUUCCCUCAGGCUUCCCAAGCCAGGAGUCCUGGGAGAAGCAGCUGGGGUGCAGGACGGAGACCCAACUGUCCUCUACUAGAUAGACCCGGUCUCUGGUUCAGACCGGGGAUUACAACCCCAUCUCUUUGUACCGGGUCCCUGAGGGUUUUAACUUUGAAACAGUGAGCUGGGACCUCCUCCUCCAGGAAGCCUUCCUUGCUGUACUCAGAUUGGGCUGGGCCCAGCCCCCUACCGUGUUAGUGCCUGUGGCUUGUUUCUCGCCAACUCAGAUUGUAACCGCUUUUGUAUUUUGGCUCUCCCACCAGCCUGGCAACCCCACUGGGCAUGAGCUAUUAUUUGUUCAUCUGUCUCCCUGUUUUUUGCUUGUUUGUUUGUUUCCUGGAUUUCCCAUCUGCCCGAGCAUCUGGACCAGGCGGAAAUCCUUGGUGUCUCGGUUGUCUCAGGCUCUGGGCCUCAAGCGUCUCAGCCUCUGUGGUUUCUCUUCUGCAGUGGCUCAGAGCCCAGGAGGGUGGCAGAGCAAAGGAGGAAUGGACUGUGGGCCACCUGCAACCCUCCAGCCUCACCUGGCUGAACCACCUGGCACUGCCCGUCGCCCGGUAGCCGUGUGCCAGCAGGAAAGCUUGUCCUUUGUGGAACUGCCCACCCUGCAGCCUACAAGGCCAGUGUGCGUGGACCUUUUCCCCAUUGCUCCAGAGGAGCCACAAGCUCCUGGUAGCCGCUGGUCCCUGGCGACCCCUGCCCCUCUCCAAGGACUGUUAUGGCCGCCAUCCCCAGGAGUCCCGGAUACCCAUAUCUCCACCAGCGGAGGAAUGAGACCCAGCAGGGCUGGCAGCUGGCCCCACUGUCCUGGUGCCCAGCCCCCAACUCUGGUGGGACCCUGGAGCUCUCAACACAUGCCGCCCCAGCGCAGGGCCAGCCACGGCGGCUCAGAGAAGAAGUCAGCCUGGCGCAAGAUGCAAGUGUAUCAUAAUGAAGAGGCCACUGGUGGUACUGAGACCCCCACGGGCCUUCUGGAGACUGGCCAGGCUGCACAAGAGCAGGCUCUGUGUGCGGAAGAGCCCGGGCCACAGGAGCUUUCCGGAAACACCAGAGGGGGUCUUGAGGCUCAGGAGCGAAGACGCUUCUCAGCCUCUGAACUGAUGACAAGGCUGCACUCGUCUCUGCGCCUCGGGCGCACGGCCACCAGGGCUCUGACUUCAGGGUCAGGUGCUGGAAUCACCCGGGAAGGGAAACUGCCUGUGAGGGAAUCCCGAAGAGCGGAGAUGAGGGUGGACAGUGUGUCGCUGCCAGCACCUGUCGACCCAAAUGAGGUCCACAGUGGUCUACUGGAGCCCAGGCUGGACCCGCACGAAAAGCCCUCUCAGGAUCCCAGCAGCGCCACCGAGCGGCGCCAGUCCCGCUUUCUCCUUAACUCUGUCCUCUACCAGGAGUACAGCGACGUGGCCAGCGCGCGCGAGUUGCGGCGGCAGCAGCGCGAGGAGGAGGGCCCUGGGGACGGGGCGGAGGGCGCGGAGGAGGGGCCCGGGCCACCGCGCGCCAACCUUUCCCCGAGCAGCUCCUUCCGCGCGCAACGCUCGACCCGAGGCUCCACCUUCUCGCUGUGGCAGGACAUCCCCGACGUGCGCGGCAGCGGCGUCCUGGCCACGCUGAGCCUGCGCGACUGCAAAUUGCAGGAGGCCAAAUUUGAGCUGAUCACCUCGGAGGCCUCCUACAUCCAUAGUCUGUCGGUGGCCGUGGGCCACUUCCUAGGCUCCGUGGAGCUGAGCGAGUGUCUGGGGACCCAGGAUAAGCAGUGGCUAUUUUCCAAACUGCCCGAGGUCAAGAGCACCAGCGAGAGGUUUCUUCACGAUCUGGAACAGCGUCUCGAGGCCGACGUGCUGCGCUUCAGCGUGUGCGAUGUGGUUCUGCACCACUGCCCCGCCUUCCGCCGGGUCUACCUGCCCUAUGUCACCAACCAGGCCUAUCAGGAGCGCACCUACCAGCGCCUGCUCCUAGAGAACCCCAAGUUCCCCGGCAUCCUGGCUCGCCUGGAAGAGUCCCCUGUGUGCCAAAGGCUGCCUCUCACCUCCUUCCUCAUCCUGCCCUUCCAGAGGGUCACCCGCCUCAAGAUGCUGGUGGAGAACAUCUUGAAGCGGACAGCACCAGGCUCCCAAGACGAGGACAUGGCCACCAAAGCCUUCAGUGCACUCAAGGAGCUGGUGCAGGAAUGCAACGCCAGCGUGCAGUCCAUGAAGAGGACUGAGGAGCUCAUUCACUUGAGUAAGAAGAUCCACUUUGAGGGCAAGAUCUUUCCGCUGAUCUCCCAGGCCCGCUGGCUGGUGCGGCACGGAGAGCUGGUGGAGUUGGUCCCCAUGCCCGCCGCACCGCCCGCCAAGCUGAAGCUGUCUAGCAAGGCCGUGUACCUUCACCUCUUCAAUGACUGCCUGCUGCUGUCCCGGAGGAAAGAGCUCGGGAAGUUUGCUGUUUUCGUCCAUGCCAAUAUGGCUGAGCUGCAGGUUCGAGACCUGAGCCUGAAGCUGCAGGGCAUUCCGGGUCACGUGUUCCUGCUCCGGCUGCUGCACGGGCAGCGUGCCAGGCACCAGCUGCUGCUGAGAGCACGUACCGAAAGUGAGAAACAACGAUGGAUCUCAGCCUUGCGUCCAUCCAGCCCCCAGGAGGACAAGGAGGUCACCUGUGAUGGAGAAGACUGCCCCCAGGUCCAGUGUGUGAGGACCUACAAGGCCCUGCAGCCGGAUGAGUUGACCUUGGAGAAGACAGACAUCCUGGCGGUGAAGACCCGGACCAGUGAUGGCUGGCUGGAGGGCGUGCGGCUGGCUGAUGGUGAGAAGGGGUGGGUGCCACAGGCCCACGUGGAGGAGAUCAGCAGCCUUAGUGCUCGACUUCGAAACCUCCGAGAGAACAAGAGGGUUACCAGUGCCAGCAGCAAGCUGGGGGACCCGCCUGCCUGAUGCUCGCCUGGGGCCCAGCUGGGUCCACUCCUGUGCCCUAGGCUUCUGUGUGUCUGGGGGCUUCUCUGCAGGUGCUGGGUGGUAACAGUUCUGUAAAUACACCCUGGCUGCCUCUGCUUGCAGUCUGACCUGAGGGCCUUUGCAUUGGCUUCUGUGCCUGGAGAGCCCCGCCCCAUCAGGAGGGUGCUAGCUGUCUCUAGGUGCCCUGAGGGCAGAGGGGCCGUGUGUCAACCUGCUACUUUCCCUCCAAGUAGCAAAGUGUCAGAUCCAAGCAGGCUUGAGUAUUAAAGUGACUCCAUGAGUUUUUGUAGUUGA